AUGUACAAGUUGACACUAUUGCCUCUCUUCUUCGCCGUAGCCUCGGCUGGGUAUCUGAACGCCGCUGUGGGAUAUGCCGCUCCAACUGUAGCCUACUCAGCCCAUCCUCCCGUCACCGUAGCUCAUGCUCCACUGGCCAUAGCACAUGCUCCGGUAGCUGUAGCCCAUGCUCCAGUUGCCGUGGCUCAUGCUCCAGUAGCUACAUCGUACUCGAAUAUAUACCGCAUAUCCAGCACAGCUCGUGCAGCUGUAGUCCAAGUCCCCACAGUUGCUGCAGCUCCAGUAAUCUCUAGAUAUUCUCCGGUCAGUGGUGGAUAUGGGACCACUCUAGGAAACUACGCAUUUGCCGCUAUCGGUUCCGGGUAUGAAAACUAUGGAGGUAACUCUGCUAGGAGGGGCUAUGGAAGUGGAAGUUACGGCAGCGAAAACUACGGAAGCGGAAUCUAUGGCAGUGGAAACUAUGGCAGUGGAAGCUACGGCAGCGGAAACUACGGCAGCGGAAGCUACGGCAGCGGAAAUUACGGUAGCGGAAGCUACGGCAGCGGAAGCUUAAUCAGUGGAAACUAUGGCAGCGGAAACUACGGCAGCGGAAGCUACAGCAGCGGAAGCUUAGGCAGUGGAAACUACGGCAGCGGAAGCUUAGGAAGUGGAAACUAUGGCAGCGGAAACUACGGCAGCGGAAGCUACGGCAGCGGAAGUUUAGGCAGUGGAAACUACGGCAGCGGAAGCUUAGGCAGUGGAAACUACGGUAGCGGAAACUAUGGCAGUGGGAGCUUCGGCAGCGGAAGCUACGACAGCGGGAACUACGGCAGCGGAAGCUUAGGCAGUGGAAACUACGGUAGCGGAAACUACGGCAGCGGAAACUAUGGCAGCGGGAGCUUCGGCAGCGGAAGCUACGACAGCGGGAACUACGGCAGCGGAAACUACGGUAGUGGAAGCUACGGAGGCUACGGAAGUGGAAGUUACGGUAGUGGAAGCUACGGCAUCAGCAACUACGGUAGUGGAAACUAUGGUCGCCAAAACUCCUACUGAUUCCCUUCAAUCAAAAUAAUGACUCAAAGUUACCAUUAACAAGUGGAAAAAUUGUAUGCAAUUCCACUGCAGAAACUGUUACCAUGUAUUUAAAUAAAGUUAAU